AUGUUGGAAGAUUGUGAAUGUGUCGAGUGCUGCAAUAAAAGUAUCGAUACUAAAAAAUUUUUUGAGACAAUUCAAAGAACAAAAAAGAACAAAUUUGAAAUUACAUUAAUUGAUAAACCAGAGAUGAGUCAAUCGGUCAGUCAAUUACAAUUCAUAUUAAGUCGAAAUGAAAUUGAAAAACAAAUGAUGAUAUUCUUGGACAUUUGUUAUGAAUGGUAUGAACCAUAUCUAGCCCGAAUUAAAAAAAUCAAUGAACAACAAAAUGAAUUAUUUGAAACUGGUUAUUCUUUGGAAUCAAAAAAAUUUGUCAAAAGCGCUCUAGUAAAGUUAACGCUUGGAUCGGAUUUUGGUGUUUUUGCUAUAAUAGUUGGAAAGGGAAAAUUUUCGGUUGCAGUUGUUGGAGCAGAAUUAAUUUACGAUUCAAAUGGUUAUUCAAUUCAUUUUGUUGAUGAAGAUGAUGAAAAUAUUGCAAGUUGUGUUGAUGAUCUUUAUUACAAAGAUAUUGUAAAACAAG